AUAUUUUAUUUCAAAUUCUAGAUUUUGCUCUCACACAUCACUCUUUUUCUCGCUUUUUUAUAUCUCUCUCAUCUCUAUCUUAUUCAUUUUUCAAAUUUCACUUGUCCUGUUUUGUUGUGUUGUGUUGUUUCAGAGAGAGAGAGAGUUUAGAGAGAGAGAGAGAGUGAUCUACAGCAGCGAGAGAGAUUUGAGAGAGAUGGACAGAAACACUACUACUCCGGUUAGAAAGCCACACACUUCCACCGCAGAUCUGCUCACCUGGUCGGAGGUUCCUCCCGUCGCCGCUUCUCCCGCCACCGCUCCUCGCUCCACUUCUCAUCAGCCGUCGGAUGGGAUAAGCAAGGUAGUGUUCGGAGGACAAGUGACUGAUGAAGAAGUUGAGAGCUUGAUGAAAAGGAAGCCAUGUUCUGGUUAUAAAUUGAAGGAGAUUACAGGCAACAACAUCUUUGCAGCUGAUGCAGAGAAUGAUACAGCAGAACCAGAUAGUGCUGACCCAAAUAACAAAACUGGAUUACGCAUGUACCAGCAAGCAGUUGCUGGAAUCAGCCACAUUUCAUUUGGUGAAGAUGGAACUGUUUCUCCUAAGAAGCCUGCUUCUCUUCCUGAGGUGGCAAAGCAACGAGAGCUGAGUGGGACAUUAGACAGUGAAGCUGAGGCAAAGCUGAAGAAGCAGCUUUCUGAAGCCAAGUGCAAGGAGCUUAGCGGCCAUAACAUCUUUGCACCUCCUCCAGAAAUUCAACCUCGCCCUUUGGCUGCUCGUGCAUUGGCAUUGAGGGAAAGCAUCACCAUUGGUGAACUUGCACCCAACCAACCAAAUGGAGGUCCCAGCAGUGAUAAUAAUUCAGAACAUGUUGUAAAGACCUCCAAGAAGAUUCCUGACAAGAAAUUUGCGGAGCUGUCUGGAAAUGACAUUUUCAAAGGGGAUACUCCUCCAGCAUCUGACAAACCACUAAGUUCAGCUAAGUUGCGAGAAAUGAGUGGUAGCAACAUCUUCGCAGAUGGAAAAGUAGAGUCUCGGGUCUGCCUAGGUGCCCGCAAACCCCCAGGUGGUGAUAGCAGCAUCGCAUUGGUGUAAAGUAGGGCUAACCCAAUCAUUUCACAUGAUUAUAAUUAUAAUCGCUAUUCUUGUGUAUUUUCAUAAUUAUGGCUGAUGGGGGAGUAUGUUCCAUCCGAUUUGACUCUGUUUGUGGAUUUUGUUAUGUUUUAGAUUUUUAGUAACAUGUUGAUGGGACCUAUGGAAUACUAUCUAAUUGGAUUGGUAUGCCCAUAUUGCUUCUCAUGGUGUGUAGUAUUGAAGUUCUUGGCUGUUCUCUGAACUAAUUUGUGUUCGAUAUCUUUUUUCGCUGAAUCAACAUUCCGAUACAUUACUUGGUUCUCUGAA